UGUUAAGCUGCGCCUUUGGGAGUCCAGAGUUGAUCUGGUGCCAUACGUGGAUGGCCAACCAGGAUCGACGUGUAUGCAUGAACCCCUUCGUACUCUACAUGCCAGAAUAAUCCCAUCUUCUCACCUCUACUUCCCCUCAUCUGGGCUUCUCUGGGGUGCUUCUAAUACUACGCGAAUCCCUCUUGUCGCGAUUCCUGCUUCCAAUGGAUCCCGCAAGCAGACGAGUCCCGCUUGACAAGCGAAAGCGCACCGAGACGUCUUGCGACCGCUGUAAGGCUCGCAAGCAGAAAUGUGAUAGACUUCUGGACCAAGACCAGUGCAGAUAUUGUCAAUUGCACAACAUUGCAUGCACCACCACCGUCCCUCGAAAACGGAGGAUAUAUGGCAGCGUUGAGGGCGUUGGCAGUCGGAUCACUCUACUUGAAUCGCUUGUCAAGGGCUUGCUUCCAGAGGCGAACCUAUCGACGAUCGCGAGUCUGAAGGAAACGGGAAAAUCGCUAGGGAUCCCUCUUCCCCAAGUCGACGAUGGUGAUGCGCCGACUGACGAGGCCGAGAAGCCGCCAGCGGAUGGUGAGGAAGAUACUGCGAUUCAAGUGAUCCCGGACGGUCAGAAACAGAUGCAAUAUGUGGGCCCAUCAAGCUCAUUCUUAUUUCAUCUGAACUUACGACGAUUGCUUGGAAACUACUCCAUCUUUGAGUUUGCUCUAUUUGGCAACAAUGCAGCAGACCAAAUCUUUGAAAUCUCCAAGACGCCAGGGAUGAGUCAGACUAUGAAUAUUAUGGACCGUCGGGGAUCAAGUAUGACUAUAAGCGACUGCGGCUCACCGUCUGAUGCGGUACGAGAGAUCGAUGGCCCGGUGCUAGAGACGCUCAUGGAUGCAUAUUUUGAAGUCAUUCAUUCAGAUUUUCCAGUGCUUCACGAGAAUUCGUUCAGAGAGUCAUACGAGGUCUGGGCAGCUUCAAACACGACAUCGGACCCUGUUUGGCUCUGCAAAGUGCUUUGCGUUUUGAUUCUUGCCCGUCGAGUUGCUUCUAUAGAGAUUCCAGAAGAAGCACAAAAGAAAUGGUGGACGCACGUACAGACGUUGUUACCAAGUGUACUGUUCUCGUCAAAUAUAUACACGGUUCAGGCCCUAAUGCUUGCUGCACUACACCUGCACAACACGAAUCACCGGGAUGCCUGCUGGAACUUAACCGGCACUGCAGUUCGUGUUGCUCAUGCCAUCGGGCUUCAUCGGGAAGACAUUAAGCAAAACCAGCCUCGGCUUGCUCGAGAGCAUCGGAAGCAAGUUUGGUGGACGCUUUACGCCUUUGAGCAAAUGCAAGUCUCAUCCUUUGAUCGGCCAAGUGCAAUAUCACACAUAGCCAGCAGUGUUGGUGUUCCGAAUGAGCGAAUUCUUGGAACCGCUGGAUACUAUCCUCCAGAUUACAACAAAUGGUAUCAAAAACUACAGAUUAUUUUGGGUUCAGCAUGCAAGGCGCUUAAUCCAGGUGGCAACAGCUCGUCUGUAAAACCAGAAGAUGCAUACAAUAGGCCACUAUCGCCAACAGCAGCAAUACUUCGUGACCUUGACAGAUGGAAGGAUGGGCUUCCUACACACUUGAGGCUUGAUGCUGCCAACUCCCUGGCUCCAGCAGCGCAGCGGCCUCUUCUACUCCUUUUCAUUGAAUAUUACUACAUUCUAGUGCUGAUCACGCGCUCUGCACUCUUGCGUCGAGCUGUGCUUAGCACCCAAAAUCCGCCAGAACAUGCGAUGCAACAAGCGCUUAUUACUGUAUCAGAAACCUGUAUUGACGCAGGAAAAUCUCUUGGUCAGCUUCUGCGUAAAAUGGACAAUAUACAGAAGUUCAAUGCCACCACAUGGUUUGAUAUAUUCUUCACAGUUGCAUCUGCAUUAGUACUUGUGCUUGACAUCCGAGUCAAUCAAGACCGUCACGGCCCAAACUCGGAAUCGCGGACAGUUUUGCGAGAUCUGGCAGCCAUUGUUACUCGCCAUUUGGGAAAUCCUCGCGUGCCUGGGUCCAUGCAAGCGCUUGGAAAGAUUGUUGUUGAGGUCAAUGCGACAGCUGAGCAGUCUGGCCGCACCCAACUGGAUACACCCACGUCAGCGGAAGCGCAGAUGCCACCUUCUUCUCCGGCUGCCAUGCCCACGACCCCUGCGCCAUCAGUUCAAUACUCUCCGCGAACUCAGAUUGGCACACCAUCAAGUAUUCACAAUCUCCUGGCUUAUCCGGUGGACCCUAACAUGCAGCCUGAUCCAAAUGCGCAAUAUCGCGGGCAACUUUAUGAUCCACAAACGUGGACUCAAUUAUCUUUCAUGGAUGACCCCACCCAGAACUGGCAAGAUUGGACGUGGGAUGAUAUUGAAACAAUCGUUCGAAGGUAGUAUGACUUUUUUUGGUUUUUUUUUUUGG